AUGCGAGGCUGCAACAAGAGAAAGGAGGAUCUCACGAAGAAGAAGCGAGCGCGCGACAAGAAGCGCGACAAAGGCAAGGAGCUCGCGUCCUCCCUGAUGGUGGCGUGUCUGAAGCGCCUCCUGCCCGUGGGCCUGAACCUCUUCGCUGGCAGAGAACAGGAACUCGUGCAGCACUGCAAGGAGAAGUUCUUGGCUAUCGACCACCCGCAGCACGAGAAGCAGGUCUGGCAUUCGUGCGUAUCCAUACAGCGUAAGCGCGCAGUCAUCGCUUGCUUCCGACAGACGUCGCUUCACAUGAUGCCCAGGCAUCGCGCAGUUAACCUCUUCCUGAGAACGUAUCGCGAGUUCUGGCUUUCUGAUGAGAAUGCCGGUCAAGAGGUCGUCAUAGAGGAUCUAACGCUGUCUUUCGAGGAAGCCGAGAGCAAGAAGAAGGAGGCAGAAGAAGAGGAAGACAAACCAGACCAACUGACGCAGCUCGUGACAACUUUCAGCAGGAAGGCCACCACUGAGAGUGCUGGAGGACAUGGAGAAGACCAGCUCUACAUGAACUACGCCGAGAUCAUGGCCAAGUCUUGUGGUGAAGAAGAGGAAGAAGGUGACGACGAAGGUGGUGAUGACGGCGGAGAUCCCGCUGCCUCCAUCAAUGAACAAGAGCUGGAGAAGCAGAAACUGCUGUUCCACCAGGCACGGCUGGCCAACAGGGGCGUGGCAGAGAUGGUCCUCCUCCACAUCUCCGCAGCCAAGGGCCAGCAGACCGAGAGCGUCAUGAAGACCUUGCUCCUCGGCAUCUCCAUCCUCCGUGGCGGCAACAUCGACGUGCAGGCCGCGAUGCUGAACUACUUGAAGGAGAAAAAAGACGCGUCGUUCUUCCUCUCCAUCUCAGGUCUGAUGAGCUCGUGCUCCGUGCUCGACCUCGACGCAUUCGAGCGCAACACCAAAGCUGAAGGCCUGGGCGUGGGAGCGGACGGAGCAGCGGGUGAGAAGAACAUGCACGACGCUGAGUUCACCUGCGCCCUGUUCCGCUUCAUCCAGCUCACCUGCGAAGGACACAACCUUGACUGGCAGAACUACCUGAGGACGCAGGCCGGUAACACCACCACAGUCAACGUCAUUAACUGCACGGUAGACUACUUGCUACGACUGCAGGAAAGCAUCAUGGACUUCUACUGGCACUACUCCUCCAAAGAGAUCAUCGAUCCUGCUGGCAAAGCUAACUUCUUCAAAGCCAUCGAAGUUGCUAGCCAGGUUUUCAACACGCUGACUGAGGUGAUACAGGGACCGUGUGUAGGCAACCAGCAGACCCUCGCUCACUCGCGCCUCUGGGACGCGGUUGGUGGCUUCCUGUUCCUCUUCGCCCACAUGCAGGAUAAGCUCAGCAAGCACACCUGCCAAGUGGACCUCCUGCAGGAGCUGCUUAACCUGCAAAAGGACAUGGUCAUCAUGAUGCUCUCCAUGCUCGAGGGCAACGUGGUGAACGGCACCAUCGGCAAACAGAUGGUGGACACUCUCGUUGAAAAUCAGUCUAACGUUGAGCUGAUUCUGCGCUACUUCGACAUGUUCCUGAAAUUGAAAGAUUUGACGAACUCCGUGACCUUCAUGGUAGCCAUACACGACGGCAAGAUCGACUACGUGGAGUUCACGGAGCGCUUCCAUAACCCAGCCAAGGAUAUUGGCUUCAACCUCGCCGUGCUGCUCACCAACUUAUCCGAGCACAUGCCCAACGACCCCCGCCUCACCAAGUUCCUAGAGACUGCAGGUUCUGUCCUCAACUACUUCGAGAAUUUCUUGGGCCGCAUCGAAAUCAUGGGCGGCUGCAAGCGUAUCGAACGCGUCUACUUCGAGAUCAAGGAAGAUAACAUCGAGCAGUGGGAGAAGCCGCAGAUCAAGGAGUCGAAACGCGCCUUCUUCUACUCCAUCGUCACCGAAGGCGACAAGGAAAAGCUCGAGGCGUUCGUGAAUUUCUGCGAGGACGCCAUUUUUGAGAUGCAGCACGCGGCCGCCUUGGUGCAGGAGGAAGAUGAUGGCAUGGCCAAGAAAUGCCACAGCGACGCCAUGCAAUAUCUCAACGACGACGAACAGGAGAAGACGGGCAUGGAGCUGAUCAAGUUUCAACUGCGUCGUGGUCGUGAUGCCCUCAAGGAUGGCCUGUCUCUGCUGUCGCCUGCCAACGUCAGGAGGAAGGUGGCCGAGCUGAAGCAGCUGCCGCCCAGCGAGCUCUGCAUGGGCUUCGUAAAGAUGCUGCUGUACGCCGUGUAUUAUUGCGUUCUUUUCGGCGUACACUUCGUCAAGAAGUUCUGGGGCGGCAUCAUGACGCUCAUGAGAGGACCUCCGCAAGAGAAGGUCGUGGAGAAGGAGCAGAAGAGCGGCCCGUUGGUGCCCAUCUCCCUGCCUGUCGCAGACGAGCCUCAGCCCAGCGAUGUCCUGCCUGAACUAAAACCGCCCAUUGAAGACAAUAAUCAACUGGCCCUGACCGAGGCGCCCUUCCCGAAGGCUGGGGACGCUGAAGGCAGCGUGGGUCCCAGGAAGGACAAGAAGGCCGUGCUCAGCGAGCUGCUCGAGUCCGACGUCGUCGUGUCGCCUGAAGAAGCUCUUGCUGCUGUCAUACUGGCCCUGACCGAGGCGCCCUUCCCGAAGGCUGGGGACGCUGAAGGCAGCGUGGGUCCCAGGAAGGACAAGAAGGCCGUGCUCAGCGAGCUGCUCGAGUCCGACGUCGUCGUGUCGCCUGAAGAAGCUCUUGCUGCUGUCAUGGCUGCCGAGAAGAAGGAAGCCGAGGCCGCUCAGGUCGCCGCCGAAGAGUCUAAAGCGACGCAAGAGCAAGCAACCGCCGCCGAACCCCCGCCAGUCUCUCAGGUUGACUUCAGUGACUACAUGCGUCGGGUCAUGAGCUUCAUGGCACGGAACUUCUACAACCUCAAGUACAUGGCGCUUGUGCUGGCAUUCUGCAUCAACUUCUUGCUUCUUUUCUACAAGGCUUCUGAAAUCGGUGAAACUGAAGAAGGAGAGGACCUGACGGCUGCGACGGAGAGCCUGCUUGGUCUCGCUGACGACGGCCUCCUGGACGAGGUCCUGGGCGACGCUGGCGACGAGGACGCCACGGCGAACCUGACGCUGGACGAGGCGGAGGAACCUGCCGAGGAGGAGGAGGAC